AUGCCUCUCAGCCAGCUAGCCUCCAGUUCCCCAGCCAUCUGCCAGCUUCCUAGCUCAGUCUGCAACUCGGAUGACUCCGCCAGCCCACUGUCGCCUGGUUCCUGUCGUGCCGGGCCGCAGCAAAGCCCCUGUUCCAGUAGUACUAGCAGCAACCGGGCCGUGCUGCAGCAAAGUCCCGGUUCCAGGCAGUGCCGGGCCGGGCCGCAGCAAAGUCCUGGUUCCGCUGGACCACAGACCAUCACUGAGUCUUCUGAGGCUGAGAUCUCUAGAACAACAGAGGAUGCUCCUCAGAUCGACCUAUUAGAUGAUGAGACGGAAGGGGGAGGUGGUGAUUGUCUGUUUCUUCAGAGCCGCAGACCAAGUCAGCUGCACAGAGAAACCAUGCCAACCGGCAAGAGCAAGAAGAAGAAGCCGAAGAAGGAAGUCAUCGAUGGAGAUGAGCAGGGAGAAGUUGGUCUGGAGGGGGAGACGGACGAAGUGAUCAAUAGGAGCCACUCUGUCAGCAGAGACCCGUUGACUCCAGAACCGCAGGAUCCAGCACCACAGAAGAAGAGGAAAAAGAAGAGGACGCCUACUAUUGAUCUGGAAGUAGAGAAUGCCGACGUGCCAAACGGUAACAUGGCCGAGCCCGACAUGGACGGAGAGGAAAUGACUGUUGCUGUAACCAGAAAGACGAAAAGGAAGAAGAAGGCGAAGGCGGCAGAGCACUACAGCAGUGAUCUGGGAGCCGAGGACGACGAUAUCAUCACGGGCGGCCAGUCUCCGAUCCCCCAGCAUUCCCUGUUCUCCGCCCCUCAUGGACACAGCCAGCCGGUCGGCAAAGUCUUUGUGGAGAGAAACAGGCGUUUCCAAGCAGAGCGAGUUGAGCAGCUCCGACACUCAGAGAUGAUGGAUGACUACAUGGACCCCAGACAGAUCUGGACCACCAGAGAUGUCGCUAUGAGGGUGCACAGUGGCUUCAGGGUGGUUGGUCUGUUCUCUCACGGCUUCCUGGCCGGUUACGCAGUGUGGAACAUCAUUGUUGUGUAUGUGCUGGCGGGUGAGCAGAUGACAAUGCUGCCCAACCUGCUGCAGCAGUAUCACCCACUGGCCUACCCAGCUCAGUCUCUGCUGUACCUGCUGCUGGCCAUCAGCACCGUGUCGGCAUUCGACAGGGUGAACCUGGCCAAAGCCACCAUGGCACUGAGAGGCUUCCUCACUCUGGACCCUGCUGCUCUGGCUUCUUUCUUAUAUUUCAUCGCCCUGAUCCUGUCCCUCAGUCAGCAAAUGACCAGCGAUCGCAUCAACCUCUAUCCCACAGCCAACGAGACUCUGUGGCCUCCAGGCUCAGAGCAGCAGAUCCUGCGGCCGUGGAUUGUGGUGAACCUGGUGGUGGCGCUGUUGGUGGGCCUGGCCUGGGCUGUUGUCUCCACCCGGCCCGACAUCGAUUACACAGAAGAGUUUUUGAUGACAAUGGAAGUGGAGGGAUUCCCGAGAGGUGACGAGAAUGUGGACAUCCCUGUCUGA